AUGUCAGAAGAUCCGAGUCGACGGAAAAAGGCAGUUGGACCUACUUAUACUAGCUCUAGGGCAUGGAAAGUAACUUCUACUGUUGGUGGUAGAUUCCCCAAUAUCAAUCCAAUCUUCACUCCCGACAAGAAUCAUUUUAUAGUGCUCACGUCCUUGGAAUUAAGAGUGUACUCUAAAACUACAAAACAAAUUGUUCGAAGCAUCCCCGUGGAUCAGAUAAAUGAAGUUACAGACUUACAAUUAUGUGAGCAGAGUACGUCGUUUGUGGUCAUCGCCAGAUCCACCGGCAAGUAUGAACUUGUCAACUGGCUAGACAAAAAUGCAGAGAAGAUAGUUAUUGACGUCAAAUUCCCUAUUCACAAGAUUAUUUCAAGAUCCGACUCGGAGCUAGUGAUUUAUAGUGAAAAGCACGGCAUUGUAUCAUUAACAAAAAAUGUCGAAUCCGGCGAAUGGGAAGGCCUAACUCCAAUCAUUCAGAUUAAAGGAGCAAAGACAUUUGCGAUUUCUGCUUCGAAGAAAUACAUCGCGUUCUACUCCUCUACGAAAUCUGGCGAGACUAUAAGUGUUGGAAAACUUGAUAAAUCUUAUAAAUUGGUCUCUGAAAAGGUGAUCAAAAGAACCAGGGCUAUAUCUUCGAUUGCUAUCUCCGAUAAGGGCAUUUUAGCUGUCGGAUCAGUGACGGGUGUUAUUGAUCUGUACUAUGACAUCUUUGGUACAUCUGGGGAGCCCCUAGUUCGAGCUCUUAAGUGGCAUGUCGACUCAGUUCUAUCGCUGUCAUUUUCUCUUAAUGAUGAUUAUUUAUUAUCGGGUGGUAAGGAACGUGUACUUGUAUUCUGGCAAUUGGAAACAGACAACACUCAAUUCUUACCCCGUUUAGAGGGAGACAUUACUGACAUUUACGUGGAUCCUAAUUCCCAGUUAUACGCGUUGUCUCUGCAGGGCGAUCAACUUGUCAUUUUAUCAUCUAUUGACCUUGCCAGUCGUUUCCAAGUAUCUGGAAUUAAAGCUGUUUUCAGCAAGGUACCAGGUGAUCCCGAAAAAGAAAGAAAAAGGCGAAGAAAUAAGGACUGGGAUCAAAUUAAUGUUGCUGAUUAUACUACAGCCUAUUACAUUAACCCUCAAACUAAGCAUGCUUACUUCCCUACUAGAAACGGAUCCCAGAUUCAAGUGUACGAUACAACCCGUGACCAGCAGCUAACUGUCUUUUCUGCUGCCUCAGCCAUCCAAACGGGUAAGGUGCGUAGUGAGAGCGUAAUCGAGGACCCCAUUGUCACACAUGUAGUAUUUACUGCCGACGGUAACUGGAUGGCUACGAUUGAUGUACGCACAUCACCAGUUAUCGACAGGCUACUUUCCAAAGAUGACAAAGAAAUCAACUUGAAAUUUUGGAGUAGAAAUCAAAAGAGUAACGAAGUGCGAUGGGAUUUAGCAACCAGGGUAUCUGCUCCACAUGGUCUCAAUAAGAGUAUUGUUGACAUCAUUCCUACCAUUUCCGGCCACGGGUUUAUCACAGCAGCUCAAGAUGGUGGCAUUAGAUUAUGGAAGCCAGCAAAUGUUGAUGAGAUUGCUUCCACAGCUAGAACCGUGACUUGGGGAGUUCGUAGAUUUUUACCUCCAACUGCUAUGACUUCUACUGCAGUUUCUGUAUCAUCAUCAAGUGAUGGCAGUGUGCUUGUUCUCGGUUACGAAUCAACUCUGAGAUUGAUUGAUGGUGUCAAUUUCAGGGCCAUUCGCACUCUCCCUAAUAUUUUGGGCUCAAGAGUUCGACAUGUGCAAAUCGUGGGCUCAAAGCUUGUCGCCCUAUCAAAGACAAGAUUAGUAGUAUGGGAUCUUUUAACCAACAGACAAGUGUGGUCUAUUCAGGUUCAUUCCACUACUCAUGGCAAACGAUUACUGGCUAUUGAUACCAUCAACGAGACUGUUGCACUGGCUGUAAAUUUUUUUGCCAGAGACUUUAAGGUCGUUUCAAGAUUAUUUAUAUUCCGCCUGGAUACCCCCAUGCCCAUUCAUAUUGAAAGUCAUCCAUAUGCCAUUAGUGCGCUGAACCAUCUUACAGGAACUGGUAACUUCAGCUUCAUGAAUGUUAACGGUUGCAUCAGCCAAUUGAGUUCAGGAACGAAAGCUGGUCUUCAUAGGGCCGGCCUUGCCGUCAUUGGCUCUGCAAAUAGCGAAGAGAACGAUUUCAAUAGUGGUCUCAAAUCCUUAUAUGAAGCUCAAAAGAGGGAGGCCAAAAUUGCAAAUCCCGCUGGAGAUGACCUUAACACAACAAUUCAUGAUCAAGUGCUUAGUAUCCACUCUUUUGAUAGAGUGUUUGACGAUGCUCUCCACAUCACUAGUCUGGAAAGUCUUAUGGAGGGCGUUCUAUCUAUUACAAGUCCUAGGCUACUUGACUAA